CUUUACCGGCUGCCGUCCAGAGACUCUAGGCAGGCAGAACCGGCCUUUUCGGAGAAGGGAGUGCGAGGCCGCUGUCGGUGCUGCGCGGAGGGCAGGGGGCGCCGGCUUCCCCCCCCCCGGCCGCCAUGUCGGUGCUGAGCUGGAAGCCCUUCGUCUACGGCGGGCUGGCCUCGCUGGUGGCCGAGUUCGGGACCUUUCCUGUGGACCUCACCAAAACGCGGCUCCAAGUCCAAGGCCAAAGCAUCGAUGCCCGUUUCCGAGAGAUCAAGUACCGUGGCAUGUUCCAUGCCUUGUUCCGUAUCUACCGAGAGGAAGGCAUCCUGGCCCUGUACUCUGGGAUUGCUCCGGCCUUAUUAAGACAAGCAUCUUACGGCACCAUCAAGAUCGGCAUAUACCAGAGUCUGAAGCGGCUUUUUGUGGAUCGCUUGGAAGGUCAGUGUGUCGGAGGAGUAUCGUGGGCGUCUGUGCAGUGCCAUGCUAGCGGAUGCGGAUGCUGUGCCCGCGAGGAUUGGCCCAGGGCAAGCCGUGGCCCGGUCUCCUUUGGAGAGUGCUGCGAUGAGACGUUACUGAUCAACGUCAUCUGUGGAGUGGUGUCGGGGGUGAUCUCCUCUGCGCUGGCCAACCCGACAGAUGUGCUGAAGAUCCGGAUGCAGGCCCAGGGCAGUCUGUUCCAGGGGGGCAUGAUCGGGAGCUUCGUCGACAUCUACCAGCAGGAAGGCACGCGGGGCCUCUAUCGGGGCGUGGUCCCCACUGCUCAGCGAGCGGCCAUUGUGGUUGGAGUGGAGCUGCCCGUCUACGACAUCACCAAGAAGCACUUAAUCCUCUCGGGGCUCGUGGGGGACACCAUCCUUGCCCAUUUUAUCUCCAGCUUUACGUGUGGGCUGGCUGGUGCCGUUGCUUCAAACCCGGUGGAUGUGGUGCGGACGCGCAUGAUGAACCAGCGGGCCAUCGUGGGCAGCGUGGACCUCUACAGGGGCACCCUGGAUGGUCUGGUGAAGACGUGGAAAAGCGAGGGCUUCUUUGCACUCUACAAAGGAUUCUGGCCGAACUGGCUGCGGCUUGGGCCCUGGAACAUCAUUUUCUUUAUCACCUACGAGCAACUGAAGAGGCUCCCUUUCUAGGGCCGGCUCCGCCUGGCGCUCCCGCUGCCCUCCUGCCUCGUCUGCCCCUUCCCUGCAUCUUCAUGCCCGUGGGGACUGAGGCGCCUCCCCCCCCCGCCUGGGGCUUGUGUGGGGCGGGGGCGCGUUGGGGCCAGAGAUACCCAGAGCCCACUGCAUGUGCUUUCCCGCCAGGGGAGGGCGAGGGGGCACGGCGGGCGGCAGGAGUCGCUCUCUCUUCUGUGAAGAGCUGCGUGAGCUGGUGGCCAGGCUGGCAUUGCAGGGGGCUGUGCCUUCCCCUGAGGAGGACCCCACGCCUUCCCCACGCCUCAGGCAGGGGGGGCUCAAGGGGGCUGCUGCUGCUGCCGCCACCCCCCCUUGCCAUGUGACCUGAUUAAACUAUUUAUUGGAGCUCU